AUGGAGGAGCAGCGCGCCGCAGCUAGGCCAGGAGGCCGACCCCACCCCGAUCUAGCGGGAUCCAAUGCUCAGCAGCCCGGUCAGGUUGGGGAACUAGGAGAAGCACGGGAAGCUGAAAAUUGCAGCAACACGGCCAUCCGAGAGAUAGGCAUGAUCUCCGAAGGCUCAACUGAUGGAGAUUCGGGGAGAGCACGCAAGUCCCAUGUGCGUCGCUUAGAGGUCGACACCAUUGGAUGCAACCCGGAGCAGGCUACUGGCCCUGUCAUCAGCUUCGGGCCACAAGACCUGGAAGGUCUGGAGCUGCCCCACGACAACACCCUUAUCAUCAAGGCCAUUAUUGCCAACAGUCGAGUGGCCCGAGUUUUCAUUGACAUCGGGAGCUCGGUUAAUAUUUUAUUCAGAACCGCAUUCAAGGAAAUGCAGAUCGAUGCCACUGAACUCCAACCCGUAGCCACCUCUCUAUACGGCUUUACAGGCAACGAAGUUGGAGAAGUUAAGGGAGAGAAGAAGGUCUCCCAGAGAUGCUACAUUGAUAUGGUCCGGGUAGAAGCUCGGAAGAAUCAAAGGAUGCAAGACGGUGGAGUUCAUGCCGUCCAAGAAAAGCCUCUACCCAUGGCUGAAGAACCCAUCCCCUGGGAGGAGGUACAAUUAUAUGCUGAACGCCCCGAAAGUCUUACUCGCAUAGCAAGCGACCUGCCUCCUCUUCUCAAGAAAGAAUUAAUCCAAUGCUUGAUCCGCAAUCGGGAUGUCUUUGCCUGGUCUACAGAGGAGUUACCGGGAGUCAAACCUGAAGUAGCAGAGCACAAGUUACAUCUACUAACGGACUCCCGACCGGUCAAACAGAAGAAAAGGAACUUCUCCGUCGACCAGAACAAGAUAAUCAGAGCUGAGGUGGACCAGCUUAGGAAAGCAGGUCACGUCCGAGAGGUGCAGUUCCCAUCCUGGCUCUCCAAUGUAGUCUUAGUGAAGAAGCCCAACAAUAAGUGGAGAGUAUGCAUAGACAUCAGAGAUCUAAAUCGAGCUAGUCCCAAGGAUUGCUAUCCCCUGCCCCGGAUUGACCAGAUGGUGGACUCAACUGCCGGUUGUGAGAGGAUUUGUAUGCUGGAUGCUUAUUAG